AUGUCAGCCAUAGCAGGAGUACCGAUAUCAUUGGCGGGUGCUGCAGCAAGCGCUGUCGGUGGUCUUUCCUCGUGGUUUCUACCCAUGCUCGUUGCUGCCGUCGCAUAUUUUCACUACGAACUUUUAGAUCCGGAAUCGAGACCGAUAGACGUCGUAGACGAAAUGAUGUUCGAUAAUUACGAUUUUGUCAUAGUCGGAGCAGGUUCGGCUGGUGCAGUUUUGGCAAAUCGUUUGAGCGAAAUCGACGAUUGGAACGUUUUACUACUCGAAGCCGGUCACGACGAAACUGAAAUUUCUGACGUACCCUUACUCGCUGCUUAUUUACAACUCAGCAAACUCGAUUGGCAGUACAAGACGGAACCGCAACCCACGGCAUGUUUGGGUAUGGCCAACAAUCGUUGUAAUUGGCCCAGGGGAAAAGUUCUCGGAGGUUCGAGCGUACUCAAUUACAUGCUCUACGUGAGAGGAAAUAAAAAAGAUUACGACAUAUGGGAAUCUUUGGGAAACCCGGGCUGGGGCUACAAAGACGUUCUUUAUUACUUUAAAAAAUCCGAAGAUAAUAAAAAUCCUUAUUUGGUGAACACUCCCUAUCACAGCUCCGGGGGGUAUCUGACGGUUCAAGAAGCUCCGUGGCACACACCAUUGGCAGCGGCUUUCGUACAAGCAGGUGUUGAAAUGGGUUACGAAAAUCGUGACAUUAACGGAGAAUACCAGACGGGAUUUAUGGUCGCACAGGGAACCAUAAGAAGAGGAUCCAGGUGCAGUAGUAGCAAAGCGUUUUUAAGGCCUGCACGUCUUCGACCCAAUCUUCACGUCGCCAUGGGAGCUCACGUACUAAAGGUAUUGAUAGAUCCGGUCACGAAGGUAGCACGAGGAGUCGAAUACGUGAGAGAAGGAAAAGUUCACGUUGCAAAGGCAACAAAAGAAGUCAUAUUGUCGGCAGGAGCUGUCGGAUCCCCCCAAAUACUCAUGCUCUCAGGAAUAGGACCUAAAGAACACCUUCACAAGCUGAAAAUACCGGUGAUACAAGACCUCAAAGUGGGUCACAAUUUACAGGAUCACGUGGGUUUGGGCGGUUUCACAUUUCGAGUCAAUCAAGACAUUUCUCUCGUACAGCAAAGGUACGAAAACGUACCUUCCGUUUUAAAAUAUGCCAUGCUAGGGGAUGGACCAUUGACCGUUAUGGGCGGCGUCGAAGGUUUGGCGUUCGUCAAAACGAAAUACGCGAAUAAAUCCGAAGAUUUUCCCGACAUCGAAUUUCAUUUCGUUUCCGGAUCCACGGCAUCGGACGGUGGUAAUCAAAUAUGGCGCGCACACGGAAUCAAAGAUUCGUUUUACAAAAGAGUUUUCGAACCCAUAUCGAACAAAGACGUUUGGAGCGUCAUACCCGUUUUGCUGAGGCCGAGAAGUCGAGGGAUAAUAAAAUUGAGGAGCAAAAAUCCCUACGAUUAUCCACUGAUAUAUCCAAAUUAUCUAACGGAUCCAUUCGAUUUGGCAACACUGAUUGAGGGUGUAAAAAUCGGGAUGGCUCUCAGCAGGACCAAAUCAUUUCAAAGGUACGGAAGUAAAUAUUACGACGUACCGUGGCCCGGAUGCGAACACAUCAAACGUUUUACAAACGUUUACUGGGAGUGUUUGAUAAGGCAUUACACGGUCACGAUAUACCACCCGGUGGGCACGGCCAAAAUGGGACCCUACUGGGAUCCUGAUGCGGUUACGGAUCCCCAAUUAAGAGUCUACGGCAUCAAAGGAUUAAGAGUCAUCGACGCAUCCAUAAUGCCGACUCUCGUUUCGGGUAACACAAACGCUCCGCAAUUCUGA